AUGUCUUCCUUUUCUCUUUACGACGCAACCAUCCCCACGGCCCAGAAUGCCUUCAAAUCCAUGGCCAACAUUCUCCGCGAAGGCGAGAAGCACGCCAACGCCGCAUCAUUCCCUACAGCUCGUCUGGCUGAAGACAUGAACCCCUUGACCUACCAGGUCCACAUCGCCGCACAACUGACCGAAAAAAUGGUCGCACGGUUUACCGGCCGUGAGCCUACCACCUUUGAAGACAACUUGUCCUCGUUUGCCGAGAUGUACGAGCGAAUUGAGAUCGUUCAGAAGGUCCUCGACGCCGCCGAUAAGGAAAUUGUCAACCAGCGUGCCGACCAUGUCCAGGCCACACCCCUUGGGCCAAUGAACAUUGAUCUCUCGAACACCGCGUACGCGACUGCUUUCACUCUCCCUAAUCUGUACUUCCACUUGACAACCGCCUAUGCGAUUCUGCGGAAGGAGGGUGUGCCCAUUGGAAAGAGGGAUUAUCUUAUGAACUUUUUGGCUCCCUACUUGCCCCAGGCUGCUGGCGGAAACUGA